CGCCUUCCCCAGUCAACUCACGUUCCUCUGAUCAACCACAUUUUUGAUGCUGAUGUAUCAUCUCCAUUGUCGAUCUUGAAAGUCUAGAACAAUCUCCACAGAUCUGCUAGACCACAACUUUUCCCUCUUCCUUCCUUUUUCUUACCCCUCUCUCCACACACCCCCUCAUUCAAUAUGGAUGUCGUCGCGGCGGUGUCGGGAUACAUCUCCAAGAUGGUCACCGCGGGGGACCCUUCGGCGCCGGGCUCUUCCAGCUCCUCAUCGGCUAAGAUGAAGAUAUUACUUCUCGACAGUGAGACAGUGGGACUUGCGCUUCUCUCAUUGAUCCCCGUGGAAGCUGUGCGCUAAUCCACCCCUUCCAGGUACCUAUUGUGUCCACCGCCAUCACCCAGUCCGCUCUGUUGAACCAUGAAGUCUACCUCAUCGAUCGGCUUGACAACGCCGCUCGCGAACGUAUGCGACACCUCCGCUGCCUUUGUUUCGUGCGCCCUUCCCCCACCUCCAUCCAAUUCCUUAUCGACGAGCUCCGCGAGCCCAAAUACGGAGAAUACUACAUCUACCUCACCAACAUCAUUCGCAAAUCCUCCCUCGAACGACUCGCGGAAGCCGAUUCCCACGAGGUAGUUCGCGUGGUGCAGGAACACUUUGCCGACUUCCUCGUGAUCAAUCCCGACCUCUGCUCCCUGAACUUGGGCUUCCCACAGCAGCGCUUGUGGAGCCAGUCGCCAGAUCUGUGGAAUGCGGAUGCCUUACAGAGAGCCACUGAGGGGGUCAUUGCCAUGUUGUUGGCGCUGAAGAAGAACCCGUUGAUCCGUUACGAAAAGAACAGUCUGCUGGCGAAGAAGCUGGCCACAGAGGUCCGCUAUCAAGUGACGCAGGAAGAGCAGCUCUUCAAUUUCCGCAAGACCGAUACACCCCCGAUCCUACUGAUUCUGGACCGCAGAGACGACCCGAUCACUCCGCUACUGACCCAGUGGACCUACCAAGCGAUGGUGCAUGAGUUGAUGGGCAUUCACAAUGGGCGCGUGGACCUCCGGGACGUGCCGGAGAUUCGGCCGGAAUUGCGUGAAAUCGUCCUUUCCCAGGAUCAGGAUCCGUUCUUUAAGAAGAACAUGUACCAGAACUUUGGUGAUCUGGGUCAGAACAUCAAAGAGUAUGUCGAGCAGUAUCAGGUCAAGACGCAGAACACGAUGAACAUCGAGUCCAUCGCAGACAUGAAGCGCUUCGUAGAGGACUACCCCGAAUUUCGUAAACUAUCGGGCAAUGUGAGUAAACACGUCACGCUGGUUGGGGAGCUGAGUCGGCGCGUGGGUGAGGAUGACCUGCUCGACGUCAGUGAGUUGGAGCAGAGCUUGGCUUGCAAUGACAACCACGCCAAUGACCUCAAGAACCUACAACGGAUCAUCCAACUACCUAGCGUUCCCGCAGAGAAUAAGCUGCGCUUGGUUGCUCUGUACGCCAUCCGCUACGAGAAGCAACCUAACAAUGCACUCCCGAUCCUGCUCGAUCUCCUCGUCACCGCCGGCAACGUCCCAUCAUACAAAGUCAACAUCAUCCCCAAACUACUUGCCUAUCACCACUCCUUGCAAGCCCCGCCGGUCGCGGGUGGCUUUUCCGACCUCUUCGAGUCCACCUCCCUCUUCUCCGGGGCCCGAGACCGGUUCAAGGGUCUGAAGGGCGUCGAAAACGUCUACACGCAGCACUCGCCUCGCCUGGAAGCCACUCUACAGAAUCUGAUCAAGGGCCGCCUGAAGGAGCUGCAAUACCCGUUCCUCGAAGGCGGGGGCCAUACACGAGACAAGCCCCAAGAUAUCAUUAUCUUCAUGGUGGGCGGAGCGACGUACGAGGAAGCGAAAAUGGUCGCCCAAGUCAAUGCUAGCUCACCUGGAGUAAGAGUCGUCUUAGGAGGUACCUCCAUUCACAAUAGCACAAGCUUCCUUGAGGAAGUCGAUGAUGCAGUGAGCGGCUGGCCUGAGCCCGCCCCCUCGUCCGCCGCUGGUCGGCUUCAGAGGGCAGUCGGACAUUAGCCUCGACUUUUGCUUCUGUGUAUCUGUAGCUUUUUUUUUUUAUCAUUAUAAUAUAUCCUGAAAUUUUAGCUGUUAGCCAAUUUUAUGUCUAUCACAACAGUUCGCUCCGCAGACCACUAUUGUG